UCUUCAACACAACUCUUCCGAUCCGGCGCCUACAGGCCACAACUCUUCCUCCACACUCGCACGCCACACCGCCGUCGCCACUGCUACAGCUGCUCAUUCUCGUCGCCACAGCGGUAGUCCCCUUGACGAACGCCAGCCGCCGCAAUAGCCAGCGUCGCGUCUCCGCCAAAGCCCCGCCGGACGUCGCCUCGCAGCAACAGCUCGCCGGACAUACGUACGGAACAAUACGACGUCCCUUUAUCAUUUGUUUUCGUCCGAUAUUAAGAGGCUCAGGGAAGAACUCAACAAUCAGAAUGCCGGCCAUGGCGGAUGAAACGGAAACGAAAAUCUCUGACGAUGGAGAAGAAGGAAUUGUAGAGAAAGACGCAAAAGUAUUAAAUUUUCUCGAUUCAUUGGAUAGCUAUCUGAUUCUCAUGGACACUUUAUCUUCAACACUUCGCCAGGGAUGUCUGGAGUUGGCUAGUGCUCGGCUUUCUAUGGGUGCGUCACGCAUCAACAGCUCAUUGCUUGACCUCAAACCACAUUCUGCCGCAACUACAUUGGAAAUCGAUCAUUUGGAAGCAGGAUCCAGGAUGGAGCAGGUGCAUUUCAGGUUAUGCAAGAGGGCUUCUUCUGCUAGUCCACAAAGCACACCCAAGGAAGAAGCUCAGGGGAAGAAGCAAGAAAAUAAUGGAUCUCCGCGAACAGUUGAUGACCAAGCUCAGAGAGAGCGGCUCAAAUCACUAUCUAUGUUUGGAAUGCUGGUUUCUCCAAAGCUUCGUGCUGCCCAACGUUCAUAUGAGACAACUCUGGAUACUAUCAUAGAAAUAGCAAACAUUCGAACGUCACUGCUGCAUGCAUACAAUCAAGUGGUGGAAGAUAUGAAAAUCACUCCUCCAAAUGACUAGAGGUUUCUCUUUUUUAUCCUGGUUGAUCAAUUUUUCAUAUUUAGCCAUUGGUUUUUUCUCAAUACUGAUUCAGAUUACAAAGUAUGAAGGUGUGCAUUGCCUUCCCCUCUGCCCCCCCUAACAUAUUAAGACAAUUUGAAAAUAAAGAAAAAGAGGAAUACAUGGCAUCAACGAAUUGUGUAUGAAAAAGGAACACUUGUGAUCUUUAUAAUUUAUUCACUCAAUCUUGUAUUGUAGCCUUCUCGUGAUUGCUAACUUGUGAUCUUUAUAAUUUAUUCACUCAAUCUUGUAUUGUAGCCUUCUCGUGAUUGCUAACUUGUUUCUUCUAUAUACAGCUUAUUGUAACCUGGGAUGACUUUUCAUUGGGAGGAAUCGAGUUGUUUAUUUUCUAAUCUUAAUUUAAAGCAUUUGAAGCUCCUCACACCUCAUCUGCUUGAUUGGUUCUCCUCCAAAAUCUAUCUCGCAAACCAUUUUGAAUUGCUUAUUCAUUCUCUUGUAAUGGUGGAUGUAUGCCUUCCAUUGUGCUUGAUUUUUGUAAAAGAUUGUAAUCACAGAUUCACAGUUAAGCUUAUCAUAUAGUUAAUGACAGUCAAUGCAGAAAGUCAGUCUGUACAUUUUUAUA